GUGGCCGCGCCUGCCUCCAGCUGGGGCGCUGCCAGGGCGCUAGCCACCGUGGCAGGAGAAGCGACCGCAGCGGCCUCUGCGAGCGGCGCCUGCGCUGCGACCCGAAACACUUUGGCACUGAGGCGAAACUCUCCCUCACAGAGCCGCUUCAGCACCUUCGGGGCAUGGUCAGUGGCCACAGGCGGGCGCGGCUGGCUGAGAGCUGCAACGCGAGAAACCGCAAAGCUGCCACAACGCGCGCAGCCCACAACAGUGGGACCUUCACACAGUGCAAUACGAACGAGGUCAUGCUUGCGCGCUCCAUCCCCCAGCUUCCUCUGCGCUGCCAGCGCGCGAGAGGCAAUAUCGGAUGGGACGGGGUCGCGCGUAACGGAAAGCCGAGGGAGACGCGGCUUGCCACGAUUGUGCCGCUUGGGGUGGCCACAAUCUUCAAGCCCGUCGCUGAAUCGGUCAAUCCAGUCCCCCCAGGUCUUGGCAACCUUAGAGCGAGCCUGCAGCUGCGCACGGCCCUGACGCGGUACUCGCGCAAAGGCAGCAGCGCUCUUUGCAGCGCGGUCUCCCGUUAUAUUGCCAACCCUGUGGCGCGCCGUGGCACGCCCGUGCUGGGUGCCACCUACGGCCGCGUGACCUUU